CAUGCAGAGCGGUACUAGCCCAGCCAGUCAGUCAGCUGGCGGCAGGCACAGCACACCUUGGAAGCCACGUGGAGGUGCCGCCCUCCCUUCCCACAACACGCUCGCACGAAUCAUGGAGGUGUCCGAGAAGCUGAGUCUGCUGGGCCUGUCUGAGCAGAAAGUGAAGGAGACGCUGAAGAACGAAUCCCUGACCGCGGUGCUCGCCAAUAUUGCAGACCAGGCUGGAAUUAGUGCACCUGUCAACAAGAGUGUGGGUAACCUGCUGUACCAUCUGGCCACCAAACUGCCCAGGCAAUUCCACUCCCACCUGCCACUCCUGGUGGAGUAUGUGUCCGAUGGCCGCCUUGACCAAGAGGCAAAGCUUACUGCUGCUAUUAAGUUUGUGCAGGAUCACAAUAAAGAGAUUAACCGAGCAGAGUUUGAGAAGAAGUGUGGUGUGGGCGUGGUGGUGACACAGGAUGAGGUGGAGUCAGCAGUGGCACAGGUGAUCAAGAAAAACAAGGAUUCCAUAGUGAAGCAGAGGUACCAAUUCAACACGGGGCCACUAAUGGGUCAGGUGAGGGCAUCUCUUCCUUGGGCAGAGAGUCGCAAGGUGAAGGAGGAGAUUGACCUGCAGAUACUGACGCUGCUGGGGCCAAAGAGAGAAGAGGACCUGGUCAAGCCACCCAAGAAUAAGGGAGAGAAGAAGGAGAAGAAGGCUGAUGCUGCCCCAUCCAACACCCCAGCAGAACAGACAGAGAAGCGACCACUAACUAUGGCAGAAUUUCUUAAAACUGUCAACUUCCACGUCCCUGGGGAGAACUACAAAACAGAUGGUUAUGUCAUCACAGACAAGACACAUGACCUUCUCAAGGAACACCUCAAGACCACAGGAGGACAGGUCAGAACACGAUUUCCUCCAGAACCCAAUGGAAUCUUACACAUUGGCCAUGCCAAGGCUAUCAACAUCAACUUUGGGUAUGCCGCAGCCAACAAUGGUGUGUGCUUCCUGCGAUACGAUGACACCAAUCCAGAGAAGGAGGAGGAGAAGUUCUUUGUAGGAAUCAGGGACAUGGUGGAGUGGUUGGGUUACAAGCCAUACAAGAUCACACAUUCGUCAGACUACUUCUCACAGCUGUACGAGUGGGCAGUGUUAUUAGUCAAGAAAGGCCUGGCAUAUGUGUGUCAUCAGAAGCCUGAGGAGCUGCGUGGCCAUGACCCUCCACCCUCACCCUGGAGGGACAGACCAAUCCAUGAGUCCCUGCAGCUGUUUGAGGACAUGAAAAAUGGUAAGUUUGAUGAAGGUGAAGCAACGUUACGCCUUAAGACCAUACUAGAGGAAGGCAAAGUUGAUCCAGUUGCUUAUCGCAUCAAGUAUGUGCCCCACCACUGCACAGGCGACCAGUGGUGCAUCUACCCCACCUAUGACUACACCCACUGCCUUUGUGAUUCCUUGGAACAUAUCACACACUCCCUCUGCACCAAAGAGUUCCAAGCAAGACGGUCUUCCUACUACUGGUUGUGUAAUGCUGUUGAAACUUACUGCCCUGUCCAGUGGGAGUAUGGCCGGCUCAACAUGAACUACACAGUGGUGUCCAAGCGCAAGAUUGGCAAACUUAUCUCAGAGGGUUUUGUCAGAGAUUGGGAUGACCCUCGACUCUUCACUCUAUCUGCCUUGAGACGACGUGGCUUCCCACCAGAAGCUAUCAACAACUUUUGUGCCACACUGGGCCUUACAGGAGCUCAAAUCAGCAUCCACCCCGAUGCCCUGGAGGCUUGUGUUCGAGAUAUUCUCAAUCUCACUGCUCCAAGAGCAAUGGCUGUGUUAGAACCUCUUAGAGCAGUCAUCACAAAUUAUCCUGGUGACAGUCCUACCCCAGUAACAGUUCCCAACAUCCCUGGGAAUGAGGAGAAAGGCACCCACACUGUUCCAUUCUUCAAGGAAAUUUGGAUUGAACGUUCAGACUUUCGAGAGAAAGAAGAGAAGGGCUACAGGAGACUGAUGCCACAGCAGAGUGUGGGACUGAGGCACUGUGGCCAAGUGAUCAGUGUUGCUGAAGUGGUGAGAACCAGUUCAGGGGAAGUGGACUACCUCAAGGUCACAUGUGAGCCUGCAUCUGACGCCAACAAACCCAAGGCAUUUAUCCACUGGGUCGCUAAGCCUUUUAAGUGUGAAGUGCGGCUCUAUGAAAAGCUGUUUAGACAUGAAUGCCCUGAAGACCCAUCAGUGGUUCCUGGUGGCUUCCUCACAGACAUCAACUCAAACUCCUUGACAGUACUAGAGAGCCUUGUCGACUCCUCUGUCAGGGGCGCUAAAGCUUUUGACAAGUUCCAGUUUGAGCGGACCGGCUUUUUCUCUGUCGACCCAGACUCCACCCCAGACCACUUGGUGUUUAAUCGCACUGUUGGACUCAAAGAGGACAAGGGAAAAAAUUAAGGAAAUUUCCACUAGGCUGUGCUUCAUGGUUUUGGUACCGAGUUAGUGUAAUAAACACCAACUCUCAUA